GUUUUAGCAGUGUUUAAUUAUAAAUCAAUCACAGAAUAAGGGUUUUGUAUUUAUAAUCUCUUUUUUUUUUUGUUAUUUUUUACUGCAAUAUCGUUUCUCUUCUCUAUCAGUUUACUUCUGCCAUUUUCAAAUAUUAUCACUGCUUAUCUUAAAAUUUCCUAUAAAUAAGAGUCAUUUUUCUUCCCUUGAUCUCCUCAAGCUGAAUAAUCUGAGUAUUGAUAAUUCAGCCAUAUACUAUAUAUAUAUCUAUAUAUUUUCUAUACUUCUUCUUUUGUUUCUUCUUCUUCCUAUUUUUUCUUCCUAUUUUUUUAAUUACUUUUCAGCAUAUUAAUCAUUUAAUUAUCUAAUCAAUUGUACAACCUUAAUCUAUUCAUAAUAUUUCUUAUAAAUGUCUUAUCAUUCUCAGACCUCAGCUCCAUAUUCAAAUCUAAAUUUAAAUCAAAAUCAAAAUCAAAAUGGUUUAUAUUAUAAUCAAAAUUACACCUUUAAUCAAAACUUAAAUGAGAAUCUAAAUUUAAUUCAUUCUUACCAAUGUUUAAAUCAAAUUGUAAAUCAACUUAACCAAAAUUUAAAUUCAAAUUUAAAUUCAAAUUCAAAUUUAAAUUCAAAUUCAAACUCGUUCUCAAAUAUUGAUCUAUCUUAUCUAAAUCAAAACUCAUUUACUUCUUUUCCAUAUUUAAAUACCAGCACUAAUUUCGAUCUUAAUAACCACUAUAUGCAUUGUUGCAAAUGCCAUUUUAAUGGCAUUGAUAAUCUACUUAAAAUAACCUCUCCAAACCCUCAUUGUUCCUGUACUCAUGUAUUUUGCGCAAAUUGUGGUCUAAUUAACACAAAUUAUAAUUUUAAAGAUCAAUUCCAAAAAAAUCUUUUAUAUUUUAAAACAUUAAACCUAUCAUUAAAUCAAAAUAAUUUGAAUCAAAAUAAUUUGAAUCAUAUAGAUAAUAGUAAAAUUAAAAUUAAAAAGGAUAUUAAAAAUAAAAAUAAAAAUAAAAAUAAAAAUAAAAAUAAAAAUAAUUACAAUGGCACUAUUAGUUUUAAUACUAAUCAUAACGAUAAUCUCAGCAAAAAUUAUGAUCUUAAUAAUCGUAAUCUUACAAAACCUUAUAGAUCAAUUCUUAAAAAAACUCAGACUGAUUCUUUCCCAACAUUGACUCCAAAAGCACACAAAAAAGUUCAUUUUAUCUUGCCCUAGUGAAUAAUUAAUCCAUUAUUUAUUAUAUUUUAUUGUUAUCCCUUUCGAUUCUUUCUAUUCUUUCUAUUCUUUCCAUUUGUUUUUUUAGGGUGGUUUAUUUUCAUGAGAAAUCUUCACUAUUAAAAACUGGUUUAUUUUAUCGCUGUUUUAUUAUUGUUUUAUAAUUUUUUAUGAUGUUCUAUGAUUUUUUAUGAUUUUUUAUUUAUACCUUAU